GUGUUUUUUUUUUAAUUGCCCCCCUUUGUUUUUUGUUUUUCCUUUGGUGCGUGCGUGAGCCUGGCUGUAUUGUACGUUUCGUGCGGAGCGGAGUGUCGGAAACUGCAGGAAAAUGUUGACUUAGACCCUGAGAAGCCUCCCGGCUGGGUGCUUGGAGCAGAAACCUCUUUCUGCUCUGCGCUGCCCCAGCCCACCGAACCGCAGAACCAGCUGCCUCACGCGGGGUUGCUUCGCGCUCCCCGUCCGAGCCCGGCGCUCGCCCGCUCCGCUGUCGUCGCCCCGGGACUAAUUCCACCGCCCUCUCCCCCAGCCCUGCGCUUGGAGGGGUGACCUGGCUCGCGAGUCCAGCCGGGGCGAGAGAUUCCGGCCCGCCUUCAGCUCCGAGACAGAGAUCCUCUGCUUCUCCAGGUAUGAAGAUGAAUAAUGCAGACCACUGUUUUCGAUGAUCCUGGGCUUUUAUAACUGGAUUCAUUAAGGAAUACAAAGAAAAUUCUUAGAGGGAACGAUAAUGGUGUCUUCUGGCUGCAGAAUGCAAAGUUUUUGGUUUCUGCUCAUUAUCAGCUUCCUGCAGUGCACUGAAGGUUUCAGCCGAGCAGCACUACCAUUUGGUUUGGUUAGGAGAGAGCUCUCCUGUGAAGGGUACUCCAUUGAUCUCCGGUGUCCAGGGAGCGAUGUUAUUAUGAUAGAAAGUGCUAACUAUGGACGGACAGAUGACAAGAUUUGUGAUGCAGACCCUUUCCAGAUGGAGAACACAGAAUGCUUCCUUCCAGAUGCCUACAAAAUUAUGACACAAAGGUGCAACAACCGAACACAAUGUAUAGUAGUGACUGGGUCAGAUGUGUUUCCUGAUCCUUGUCCUGGAACAUACAAAUACCUAGAAGUUCAGUAUGAAUGUGUUCCUUAUAAAGUGGAGCAAAAAGUUUUUGUUUGCCCGGGGACGUUGAAAGCAGUUGUGGACUCACCGUAUUUAUAUGAAGCUGAACAAAAAGCAGGUGCUUGGUGCAAAGAUCCUCUCCAGGCUGCAGAUAAAAUAUACUUCAUGCCAUGGACUCCAUAUCGCACUGAUACUUUGAUAGAAUAUGCUUCUUUAGAGGACUUCCAAAAUGGACGCCAACAGACAACGUAUAAACUCCCAAAUCGAGUGGAUGGUACUGGAUUUGUAGUUUAUGAUGGCGCUGUCUUUUUUAACAAGGAAAGAACUAGGAACAUAGUAAAAUUUGACUUGAGGACUAGAAUUAAGAGUGGAGAGGCCAUAAUCAAUUAUGCUAAUUAUCAUGACACCUCUCCAUACCGAUGGGGAGGAAAGACUGAUAUUGACUUGGCAGUUGAUGAGAAUGGCUUAUGGGUAAUUUAUGCUACGGAGCAAAACAACGGGAUGAUAGUAAUUAGCCAGCUCAACCCCUACACCCUGCGUUUUGAGGCCACCUGGGAAACAGCCUAUGACAAACGGGCAGCAUCCAAUGCUUUCAUGAUAUGUGGUGUCCUGUAUGUGGUGCGCUCAGUGUACCAGGACAAUGAGAGUGAGACUGGCAAGAAUGCCAUCGAUUACAUCUACAACACCAGGUUAAGCAGAGGCGAGCACGUGGAAAUUCCUUUCCCCAACCAGUACCAGUACAUUGCCGCAGUGGAUUACAACCCCAGAGACAAUCAACUGUAUGUAUGGAAUAACAACUUCAUUCUGCGAUAUUCUUUGGAGUUUGGCCCACCUGAUCCUGCCCAAGUGCCUACCACAGCAGUGACAAUAACUUCUUCAGCAGAGCUAUUCAAAACCACUGUGUCAACCACUAGCACUACAUCACAGAAAGGUCCCAUAAGCACAACAUUAACUGGAGGAACAAAGGAAGGAAGCAGAGGACCCAAGCCACUGCCACCCAUUUCCACAACCAAAAUUCCUCCUGUGACGAGCUUUUUCCCUUUGCCAGAGAGAUUCUGUGAACCAACUGAGGCCAGGGAUAUCAGCUGGCCUCAGACACAGAGAGGAAUGAUGGUUGAACGCCCUUGCCCAAAAGGAACACGAGGAACUGCCUCGUAUCUGUGCUUGGUCUUAACGGGAACGUGGAACCCCAAAGGCCCUGAUCUUAGCAACUGCACCUCACACUGGGUAAAUCAGCUGGCUCAGAAGAUCAGAAGUGGAGAAAAUGCUGCUAGUCUGGCCAAUGAACUGGCUAAACACACCAAAGGACCAGUCUUUGCUGGUGAUGUUAGUUCAUCAGUGAGGCUGAUGGAGCAGCUUGUGGACAUUUUGGAUGCUCAGCUGCAAGAACUGCGGCCCAGUGAAAAAGACUCUGCUGGGAGGAGUUAUAACAAGCUCCAAAAACGAGAGAAGACAUGCAGGGCUUACCUUAAGGCAAUUGUGGAUACAGUGGACAACCUGCUCAGGCCUGAAGCUCUGGAGUCAUGGAAGGACAUGAAUUCUUCAGAACAAGCCCAUGCAGCCACAAUGCUACUUGACACAUUAGAAGAAGGGGCUUUUGUCUUGGCUGAUAAUCUCUUAGAACCAACUAGAGUCUCAAUGCCCACAGAAAAUAUCGUUUUGGAUGUUGCAGUGCUCAUUACUGAGGGUCAGGUGCAGGACUUGAAAUUUCCUCAGGGCAGUAAAGGAGGCAACUCGAUUCAGCUCUCUGCAAGUACCGUGAAACAGAACAGCAGGAACGGGUUAGCAAAACUGGUUUUCAUCAUUUACAAAAGUUUGGGCCGUUUUCUCAGUACUGAAAAUGCAACCAUAAAGCUAGGCAGUGACUUUGCUGGGCGUAAUAGCACCAUCGCAGUCAAUUCACACGUCAUUGCGGCCUCGAUCAACAAGGAGUCUAGCCGGGUGUACCUGACGGAUCCUGUGCAUUUUACGCUGGAACACAUCGAUCCUGACAAUUAUUUCAAUGCAAAUUGUUCCUUCUGGAACUACUCAGAGAGGACUAUGAUGGGAUACUGGUCAACUCAAGGCUGUAAACUGGUUGACACAAAUAAAACUCAUACAACAUGUGCUUGCAGUCACCUAACCAACUUUGCAAUUCUUAUGGCUCAUCGGGAAAUUGUGUACAAAGAUGGAGUGCACGAAUUGCUCCUCACUGUCAUCACCUGGGUGGGAAUUGUCAUCUCUCUUGUUUGCCUGGCCAUAUGCAUCUUUACAUUCUGUUUUUUCCGUGGCCUGCAAAGUGAUCGUAACACUAUUCACAAGAACCUUUGUAUCAACCUGUUCAUUGCUGAGUUCAUUUUCCUAAUAGGCAUCGAUAAGACAGAGUACAAGAUUGCAUGUCCAAUAUUUGCAGGUCUCUUACACUUUUUCUUCCUGGCAGCCUUUGCCUGGAUGUGUCUAGAAGGAGUGCAGCUUUAUCUAAUGUUAGUAGAAGUAUUUGAAAGUGAAUAUUCUAGGAAGAAGUACUAUUACGUUGCUGGCUACCUCUUCCCUGCUACAGUAGUUGGUGUCUCAGCAGCUAUUGACUAUAAGAGCUAUGGAACAGAGAAAGCUUGCUGGCUCCAUGUAGAUAACUAUUUUAUCUGGAGUUUCAUUGGACCCGUUACCUUUAUUAUUUUGCUGAAUCUUAUCUUCCUGGUGAUCACAUUGUGCAAAAUGGUGAAGCACUCAAACACUUUGAAACCAGACUCUAGCAGGUUGGAAAACAUUAAUAAUUACCGUGUUUGUGAUGGCUACUAUAAUACGGACUUACCUGGCUAUGAAGAUAAUAAGCCAUUUAUCAAAUCCUGGGUCCUGGGUGCAUUUGCUCUCCUGUGUCUCCUUGGCCUAACAUGGUCAUUUGGCCUGCUGUUUAUCAAUGAGGGGACUGUUGUGAUGACAUAUCUCUUCACAGUAUUUAAUGCUUUCCAAGGAAUGUUUAUUUUCAUCUUUCAUUGUGCCCUUCAAAAGAAAGUACGUAAGGAGUACGGCAAAUGCUUCCGACAUUCCUACUGCUGUGGUGGACUACCAACGGAGAGUCCCCACAGUUCAGUGAAAGCAUCAACAACAAGAACUAGUGCUCGCUAUUCCUCUGGCACUCAGAGUCGUAUAAGGAGGAUGUGGAAUGAUACUGUGAGAAAACAAUCUGAAUCGUCUUUUAUCUCAGGUGACAUCAACAGCACUUCAACACUUAAUCAAGGAAUGACUGGCAAUUACCUACUAACAAACCCUCUUCUUCGACCACACGGCACUAACAACCCCUAUAACACAUUGCUCGCUGAAACAGUUGUAUGUAAUGCCCCUUCAGCUCCUGUGUUUAACUCACCAGGACAUUCACUGAACAAUGCCAGGGAUACAAGUGCCAUGGAUACUCUACCGCUAAAUGGUAAUUUCAACAACAGCUACUCAUUGCGCAAUGGAGACUAUAAUGACAGUGUGCAAGUUGUAGACUGUGGACUAAGCCUGAAUGAUACUGCUUUUGAGAAAAUGAUCAUUUCAGAGUUAGUGCACAAUAACCUGCGGGGCAGCAGCAAGAACCACAACCUGGAGCGCACGCUACCAGCCAAAGCUGUGAUAGGCGGGAGCAGUAGCGAAGAUGAUGCCAUCGUGGCAGAUGCCUCAUCUUUGAUGCACAGUGACACCCCAGGGCUAGAGCUCCACCACAAAGAGCUUGAGGCCCCGCUCAUUCCUCAGCGGACUCACUCCCUUCUGUACCAGCCCCAGAAGAAAGUGAAGACCGAGGGAACCGACAGCUAUGUCUCACAGCUGACAGCUGAGGCUGACGACCAUCUCCAGUCCCCAAACAGAGACUCUCUUUACACGAGCAUGCCCAAUCUCAGAGACUCUCCGUAUCCAGAGAGCAGCCCCGAUGUUGAAGAAGAUCUCUCUCCCUCCAGGAGGAGUGAAAAUGAGGACAUUUACUACAAGAGCAUGCCAAACCUAGGAGCUGGCCAUCAGCUUCAGAUGUACUAUCAAAUCAGCAGGGGUAAUAGCGAUGGCUAUAUAAUUCCCAUUAACAAGGAAGGAUGUAUUCCAGAAGGAGAUGUUAGAGAAGGACAAAUGCAACUAGUGACAAGCCUUUAAUAACGUAGCAAAGAAAUAUUAAAGGCCAUGUACAAGUAUUAAAAAGACUUAAUUAGCCCCAUGCAGGCUCCCUCAUAACUGCUUGAAGAGACAAUUCUGUUAACCCUGUGGUUCUCCAGUAACGGGGAUGACUGGACCUCGCAGUUCUGUGAAUUUUUAUAAAGCAAAAACUUUGUAUAUACACAGAGUAUACUAAAAUGAAUUAUUUGUUACAAAGAAAAGAAAUACCAACAUGGUAUUUUAAGAUAUCUUCUGCUGCUGAAUUUAACAAAAUUGUGAAAAAAAAAAAAAAAAAAAAAGAUAAAUAAACACUUUCCAACCAUUUUAUUGCAGCAGUUUGUGAACUAAAUUUGUAAAUAUGGCUGCACCAUUGUUUUUUUCCUAGGCCUACAUUGUAUUAUAUACAAGGCGUAGGCUCUAAAAUCCUGUGGGACAAAUUUACUGUACCUUACUAUUCCUGACAAGACUUGCAAAAGCAGGAGAGAUAUUCUGCAUCAGUUUGCAGUUCACUGCAAAUCUUUUCCAUUAGGGCAAAGAUUGAACACAUGUCUAACCACUAGCAAUCAAGCCACAGGCCUUAUUUCAUAUAUUUCCUCAACUGUACAAUGAACCGUUCUCAUGAAAAAAAAAAAUGGCUAAAGAAAUUAUAUUUUGUUCUAUUGCUAGGGUAAAAUAAAUACAUUUGUGUCCAACUGAAAUAUAAUUAUCAUUAAAAAAUAAUUUUAAAGAGUUUGAAGAAAAUAUUGUGAGAAGCUCUUGGUUGCACAUACGUUACAAGCUGUUUUUUCAUACACUCUGUUCAUAGUACGGUAGUAUGUUUAAAAUGCAGUUCUACCCAUUUUCACUUACUUUUCACUGUAAACAGUGUUCUGCUUUGACAAGUUAGUUUUUAUUCUUACAUUUUGGAUUUUUAUUGCCAAAAACCAUCAUUUGGGGGGAAAAUUGUUUCAGAAGCCAAUUAUGCCAAGCCUUGCACAAAUUUGGUAGAGCUAACAAAGAUUGUAACUCAAUUCCCUGUUCAUUCUUUAAUCAGGGUUGGGUGGUGAAAGGGUUAAAGGGGACACUGGACACUUCUCACAAACUUCUCAUAAAUAAAAGGUGCCUGUCCUUUAAAAAAAAUAAAUAAAACAUAACUAUUACUCUUCCAUAUUCCUUUUGCCUAUAUUUAGUAAUUAAUUUAUUUUAUGAUAAAAGAAAACCCUAAAGAAAUGUAAAUUGUUUCAAGACAAUUCUGCUUUUUUCAUCCCUUUGUGUAAACCUGUUAAUAAUGAGCCCAUCACUAAUAUCCAGUGUAAAGUUUAACACCUGUUUGACAGUAAAUAAAUGUGAAUUUUUCCAAAUAGGUAAAAUGUGCAUUAUUAUGUAUGAAGCAUAAUUGGCAUCAGCAGUCCUUCAACCCAGCUCUAUCAUCCUUAGAAUGGUUUCUUUACAUUUCAUGAUUUAAGUGUCAGGAAUACAACAGAAACUGUCUGUAUAGCUCUACAGAAGAGAGGUCAUCUUUACUGUUCAUUACUCUAGUCACAAUUGAAUAGGGUCAAACUCAGACAUGGCAGGGUCAUUAGGAAAAUGUACUGUAAUUUCAUAUAUUUACAUGACUUUUAAGUAGGCAUCUGUACUGAAAUUAAAAAUAAGGUGCUAAACACCACUAUCAUAUUCUUGGCAACAGUAAUUAGCAGUUAAUUAUUAGUGAUGAAGAUACAUUGUUGCAGUGGGGAAAACAUGAAUAAGCAGCAUUUGGAUGGCACUCCAAGUGCUAUCUAAAUAAUUAAUCCAUCAAUGGCACUGGUUUGAGUUAGAUAAAUAAGCAUGCCUGUCCCUAUUUUUAUCAGACUAGAGAACUGCAGAAGGCAGCUGAUGCCUAAAUUGUUACCUACAAAUCAGUGGCAAAACUGAAAGUCUGAAGUCUUUGUUAGUUCCUUUGGCUCUUUUGUCACUCUCAAUCAGGGCCACUCAAAGAUAAUGCCAAGGACUUUGUUUGUCACCAUUUCCAAAACUGUUCUUCCAGGUGACUCUAAAAUGAAUGCCUUGUCAUCACAGAGGCCACAGUCUCCUGUAUGGACACUAGCUAAAUGUAUGAUGACAACAAAAAUUCAUUUGAAAGCCGUAUCCAUACUGUUACCCUCUAAUGGAUUGCAAUCCUAGAAAGUUCUUGUGGAAGAUAAAUCAAUGCAUUUUGAAAGAGUUUGGAUUUCACAUUAAUAUUUUGGGUGAAACUUCCUGCUGUUGAGAUA